AAGCUUUACCCUGAUACAUUAUUCAUGGGAAUGCGAAAGGAGUGCUACCGGGCUUGUCGAAGGUCGCUAUGGACCACUUCCCCGCGCACUCGGAGGACUGGGCCGCUCCACGCGACGAUAGGCAGGUGGGGAACUAUUGAGCCGUCCACUGGCAGUGCCUUCUCACCUUCCUGCUACUACCACUGUUGACUAUCUUUCGACGUAUUCUCGACUCUGAUUUCAGGAUGGGCAACUUGUGGUCUAUGGCGACGCAGGCGUUCCCUCCUGCGUCCAAGUUCAGCACGGACCAGAUCCCCGACCUGACUGACCGGGUCAUGAUUGUGACUGGCGGGAACGCCGGCAUCGGCAGAGAAACGAUCAAAGCGUUGUUGGAGCAUAAUGCCAAAGUGUACAUGGCGUCUCGCAACCAAGAAAGGGCAGAGGCCGCCAUAAGGGACCUGAGGGAGCAGACAGGGAAGGAAGCACUCUUCCUGGAAUUGGACCUGAGCAGUUUGGCUGCGGUUCGGAAAGCUGCUGAAGAGUUCCUCAACAAAGAGCAGGCUUUGCAUGUGCUCUUCGACAAUGCUGGUGUCAUGUGGCCUCCUCGGGAGCUUCUGACUGAAGACGGCUACGACUUGCAAUUUGGCACCAAUGUCAUAGGACAUUUCUUCUUUACGAAACUGCUGAUCCCAGCGCUCAUCGCCGGGGCAGAGACUUCGCCAGAUCACCACGCCCGGAUCGUCAUGACUUCGUCUGGUGCUGCAUACCGGUACACGCUGAACUGGGAUUCGUUCAAGGAUGGUCCUGCAAGGAGGAAAAUGAGCACUAACACGCUGUAUUGCCAGUCCAAGUUUGGUAACGUCGUGGUAGCUCGUGAGUUUGCGAAACGGUACGCAUGUAAGGGUAUCGUUUCUGUGUCUUGCAAUCCUGGAAAUAUCAAGACUGAAUUGCAACGAUACCUCCCUUCGGCGGCUCGGAUGUUGAUGAACCUCGCCCUGUAUUCGCCGCCUUACGGUGCCCUGACCCAACUGUGGGCAGGCACUGUUCCCGAGACGCUCGAUUACAACGGCAAGUUCCUCAUACCGUGGGCUAGAUUGGGCGAAUGCAGGAAGGAGGCGUAUGAUGACGAGCUCGGUGCGCGGUUGUGGGACUGGCUCGAGGAGCAGGUGAAGGACAAGUGAGGGUGUAGAUUCGCCUUUUCCGUGCCCGACUUGUAUACAUGUAUCUACUGUGCAUUCAACCUUGGUCGUUCGCGACGAGACUUCAAGAGU